GGAAAAACUAAUGAAGCUUUUAUUAAUAAUAGUAACUAUUUUUUACGCAAAAGCUUUUGGAGACUUGCCUGGCAGAAAAUUGGGUACUAGUAGUCCUGAAACAUGCAGAAGCUGAAUUAAUAGUUCAUCAACUAGAUGGUGAACUUCUACUGGUGUUUAUAAAACCUUUGGAGAUUGUUGAAAUUCUUAUGAUUACACAGGUUAUUGCUAUGGCGGAAGUAGCUUUGUUUGAUCAAACUCUACAAAGAUUGACAGUAAAGGAGCCCUGAUACUCUGCCCUUAUGACAUCUAUGAUUGUUCGAUAAAAAGCUUGUAUCUUGGAGCGAUUGGAAAUAUAUAUAAACUGAAUAACAGCCAUAUAUCAUCUAAUUCAGUGUGAAGUUAUAGGUUAUAUACAGCCAAUAGCAAUGUGAAAAGCGUUGAAAUCAAGCUAGUCAACCUGACCGGCGCUAACAUAACAAUUUUCACAAAUCCUUCAGGGAAGGAGUCCUACACCUAUAAUGCCAAGAUGAGUGCUGGCAGUAGUAGGAGGGUAUCCCUUAAUGAAGAUUAUGAUGUCUAUGUCCUGGUCGAGCCUUAUAUUUCCUAUAACAGUUUUAAUAUUACUUUGGAGCCUUCUGAAUAUACUGAUAAGAAGAAUAAAGUUUGGAUUAUUGUGGGAACCUCCUUUGGAAUUUGCUGUUUUUGCUUUGGCUGUAUCUUGGCUAUUUGCAUUUGAUGAAAGAAGGGAUGUUGUUGUUGCAAAAAUAACCAUAGAAUUCAUCAUGUAAAUCCUGAAGGUCAUAGGUUUGCGGAUCAUCCUGGUAAUCUCACCCAACCUCCACCUAGGAGAGGCCAGAAUAAUGGUUUCCAGCUUGUCCAUGAGGAACCUCCAAUGAGUAUAUCCCAUCAAAAUUUUUCCCCAAAUGAUAUGGCUACAACGCAGCCUAUGCCUACCACCCAGAAUGCAACUCCAAAUCAGACUAAAACUGGCAAGCAGCCAAAGUGGAAAUGCCAAUCAUGUGGACACAUAUACACAAAGGCAGAUCAUUCCGAUACCACUCCAAACAAUCCACCCAAUAAUGAAGCCCUCAACAUCCAGGCUGACGAAGAAGAAAAACACGAGAAGAAAUAAAAGAUUUG